AAAAGUAUCAACAUGAAUUUCAAGAUCACUUUGGUUUUUGUCGCCCUCUGCAUGGCUUCGGCCUAUACCUACCCCAAAAGUGCACCAAAUUCAGAUGGAGAUAUUUAUAUUCUUCAGUUGAUUGUUCACGCCAUUGAGUUUGUUAUUGAUUAUAUUCUUCAAGCCUUCCCAAAAUUCAUUGAAGAUAUUGACCAAAAAUGGCCUGACUUUCAUGAUGGCGAAGUGAAUAUCACUAAGAGUAUCGUUGGUUUUGUUUUCGAUUUUGUAAACAAUCGUAUAAACACUUGGUCACAAAAUAGCACUGAUGGUGGUAAAAAGCUCGCUAAAUGCAUAACAGAAGCUCGUCAUGAUGCCGUUCACGUACCAGUCGAUUUCAUCAACAAAACACUCGAGUGCAGCGGAGAUGAUUUUAUUGCUUUCGUCAAAACUUUGCCAACUUUAAUAGAAGACCUUACUGAGGUUCAAGUAGAUGCAGAAAGAGCAGCAAAUAAAAUUGAUAAAUGCCAUGGAAAUGAUAUAUCUACUGUUCUCUGCGUUCUGGAUGUUGUUUCUGACUUGGUCGAUGUUGUUAAGAUUCUCGCAAUCAAAACUCACAAUGACAUCAAACCAGUUGCAGAUCAAUGGAACGUAUUCGUCAACAGCACUUUUAACUGCGGGAAGGAUAAUGUUGGCAGCUACAACGUCGCUGGAGGUAAAUGGUUACAGAAAGCCUAUUCAUAUCCUAACAAUGUAUCAGAUAACCCAGAUGAUUGCAUUGAUAUAAUUAAGGCAAUCGUAUACAUUACUGAAGCUCUCAUUGACUUACUUCUGGAAUACGCUCCAAGGUUUAUUGACAACAUAGAUGAAGAUUGGCCUGAUGUUCACCAACUGGAAGUAGAUCUUGCUAGUGGUGUUAUUUAUACCAUUUUUGAUAUAGUGGAUGAUCGUAUACAGACUUGGUCAGAAAAUAGCACCGAGGUUGGAAAAAAACUGGCCAACUGCAUAACCAACGCCCGUGACUAUGCUGUACCAGUCGAUUUCAUCAACAAAACACUCGAAUGCAGCGGAGAUGAUUUUAUAGCUUUGGUUAAGACUUUGCCAACUUUGAUAGACGAUCUUACUGAUGUUCAGGUGGACGCAAAAAGAGCAGCUGAUAAAAUUUACAAUUGCGCUGGGCAUGAUGUAUCCACCGCACUCUGCGUUCUUGAUGUUGUUUCUGAGUUGGUGGAUGUAGCUAAGAUUCUUGUAAUCAAAACCCACAAUCACAUCAAGCCAGUUGCAGAUCAAUGGAAGGUAUUCGUUAACAGCACGAUCAAUUGCGGAAAACACAAUAUUGAUUUCUACAAUGCCGCAGGAGGUGAAUGGUUGCAGAAGGUAUCCGACUGUGUUACUGCCUAAGCGUUAAGUGAAUGUAAAUAAGUUAUUUAUGUAAUAUAUUUAUAUAUCGUAAGAA